AUGUUGGAAGAAAUAAUCGCUUGUUUCUUGUCAUUGUUUUCUGCCUUAACUUUGGAUGCGCCACGACUUUCUCGAGAAAUGGACGACAAUACAAGUCUAUCAGAGCAAUGUACACGCUAUACAUGGGAGGAUAAAAUUCAUAGAGAGUAUGUCGCGUUUGCGGAAGAGAAUUUACAAUCAGAAACAGAGUAUGUACAACUAGGGUAUGAACUGGGAAACAAACCUGGUUAUAUCCAGUCAUUAUUCAGAAGUCUGAAGGCGAACUUUACCAUAACCUUAGCCGUACUACCUUUGGUACUUAUAGGGAUGGCGCUUAUAUAUUUCGAUUUAAGAACAACCGAUUUAUGCUCUGAAUGCCGGAAUAAAAACUACACUCUUUCAUUUGAUGUUAGGAGAAUACGAUUACUCGGCAAAGGAGUUGCGAGCGUGAUAUUGUAUCUCUCGUUUCCCUUGAUUUUGAGUGUUCUAUUUGGUUGGAGCGAAUUUAAGCGUCAUUAUUCCUCAACUAUUUUAGUAGGACAACUGGCUGGUUUAUUUAAUACAUUAUAUAUAUGUUUUGUAUUCCUAUAUGGUGCUGACAAUUACUACGUUCCAGGAGUAUCAUUUGCUAUCGCCACUCUGUGGGAAUGUGUGAUUGUGGUUCGCAAAAUUCGACAAAGUCAUCCAACUGUAUCCUACUCAGAUCGCCAUAUUUUCACGACGGUUGCAGUGCCGUUUUUGAGCACCUUUGCAAUGGCAAUGUUUUACAAUUACGCAGUUGUUAAGUGGUUUAAUUCCCUCGAUAAUGUGUUGUAUAGAUUCAUAUUGGCUAUGUUGACACCGACCUUAGCACUGAUGCCGACUGCUAUAUGCAAGCAUAUGGCAUUAUGGCGUACUUCAGAAAUUAUCGAACCAGAGCGAAGCUGGGCGUUGGUUUAUUUCAUACGGGCAAUAUUCAUUACUUUAUAUCGUAUCAUGCAAGCAGAUUUUGAGAAUAUCUGGCUGUUUGUUGGGCUAUCUAUUCUAUCUGGUGUCUCGAGUUUGCUUAAAACAACGACUGUUGGUAUUCGUGAGAAAGUAUGGGCACGAGUUAUCAGGUUUCUAAACAGAACAUGCUGUACAAGACUCCAACAUUUGCCUGGAAACACACCACAUCAUAGGCGGCUUAAAGCAGACACGGAGAUACAAAAUAUACUUUUUAAGAAUAAUUCACUGAUUUUAAGCCAAUCCUAUAUCGUUUUAUACAGGAUUAUAAAUUUUCAGCUCUGUGAUUGGUCUGUCGCGAAGUCAUCUUUAAUCAGGAUUGCUAUUGGAUUGGUGAUUGAAUUCGUGUUCAAUAUUUUGUCUACUUUUAUUCGCAUACAUUGGCACGAUAUUCCCAUAGCGCGAGUGUGGUCGAAGUACUGGAAACGACAUGUGUUUGCUAAUGGAAUCGUUGUUGCAAUUUUAGUAUGCUAUUUUACCAGAUCCUUACUCGCAAUAUUUCAAUAUCGUUUUCAUGAUACCUCUGUUACAGGGAAUUUUACCAUUAGAAAUUGUACUCUGCCUUACGAACGCUGGCGUUGA